AUGCCCAUUCUCGCCCACCCACCUUUCUCACUCACUCUCUUCCCCCUACCUGCCCGCCCGUUCUGUUUCCUGACCGUAUCGAUAACUGUCUACAUGUCCUCAUUACAGCAAGCAGAUCUCGCUUUUAUUGCAAGCUUAUCCCUGCGGGUGGAACCAUUUGGCCUCGCCAUUGACUGUCCAACCUGUGGUGGCACUGUCCCAAUCAUGAUAUGCGUUAGUGAUAAGCAUGGCAAUGCAGGGAAACCAAUGGCGAAGCAUCCGCUAUGCUCAUACUAUCAUUUUUUCCCUCUUCUUCUGUCACGCCUGGGCAUCAUGGCAUUGAUCCCUUCAUCGAGCAGUUCACCAACCCUUGCAAGUUCAUCUACUCUGUCCUCAAGUGCACCCUCGCUAUCCCAAGCAAAGAAGACACGUAAGAGGGGUGCUGAAUGCACCACCAACCCUUGCCGAAGGCCACGUGCGCUAUGGUGUCCUCGUGGAAAGUGCCUGUCGCACCGCAUCGAGGAGGGUGGUUGUGUAGUGCACGAAAUACAUGUAUACAACGAUAAUGAGCAGGACAAUACCGUCGAUGGUGCUGGUUUUGGAUACCAGGAUCUCCAUAAUGCUCUGUCGGCAUCACUCGCUGCUCAAGGCCUUGAGGUGCCACCAUCGCUACCAGCUAUCAUCCCCUCUCUGCACGAUAUCUUGCAUGCACCACCCCCUCCACCACCAUCACUUUUGCCAGCUCCUAGUACAUCGAAGACAUCCAAACAUCCUCGCAUCACUAGCCAGCUCGACCCGCUAUGGGAGCAAGACUUACACCAGCGGGCGCAGCAGGAGAUUGAAGACAAUCAAGUGGCGCAGCGUCACAAAGAGAUGGAGCUCAAGUCGAAGCAGUGCUUUAUCCUCAACUGGUUUGAUGUGUGGGUGUCCAACUGUCCUUUUUUCCCGUUCUUCCAGCUUGCCGAUGAUCCCGACAUCCUGUCCUCGCUUGGAGAGAAUAUCACAAAGAUUGAGGUGUUCAAGGAUCGCCUCCAGCAAUGGAUACCCGCCAAGCUGACACACAAUUUUCCACUCGAAUCUGAAUGUCACAUCUUUAUCCACCGCUUCGGUGUUACCAGCUGUCGUGACUUCGAUGAGCUGUAUGAUGCCUCGAGGGCUUCCAUGCGCCCAGCACACCUUUGCUACAACAUGAAACGGGAACGCGACGGCAUUCGUAUGAAGAUCAAGGCCAAACGUGUUGCACGUGUGUUGUUGGUGGCACCAGACUCAGACUUGCUCUCUGAUGAUGUCAAGAUUGUAGAUGACACAUCCGUGGUGCUAUCUGACAACGUCAAGUUCAUAGAUGAUGCAGACAAUCUCAUCGAGGUCAUCAACGAUGUCCACGCAAUGCCAAGGCCAACCAAUGCUCUUGGAAAACGUGCAUGGGAACAUAGCAGUCCUGCACAACAUUCACAUACUGCCUCACCUGCCUACACUAGUACUCGUCCACGGUUUGAUGACUGGGACAGCCAGCGGGCAUCCUCGAUGUCACCUACUCCUUCCCUGUCUCCUUCACCAGCAGAGUCGUCUACAUCAGUCUCCUCUAUAUCAUUGGUCUCUGCUGUACCCUCAGUCAUACCUGUCCAUGUGCCUUCAUAUAAAGGCAGCUCGAAGCAUGUCUGGCCACAUGGCAUGUUCACCUGUGAUAUGGUAGUCGGGUUUUGUCAGAUGGAUUCCCCACUGCUUUGUGUUCACUAUCCACAGGAGGAACUAUUUGGUCUGAUAUUCAGCGUUCCAUAUGUCUGUGCUACAUACCACUCUAAUCACGCACUGUGGGUCAACAGCUGCAAGGUCACCUCGAUCCUUCAAGUGCAUGAACGUGCUCACUGCACUCCUGAUGGCUUGUGGGCACACUACUUGUCGUCACAUCAUGCAGCCCUAGGCAAGAAAACCAAGAAGAGGAGUGGACCCAAAUUCAAGUAG